AUGGCCGCCGCCGAGCCGCCGCCGCCGUCCGGGAUGGGCUUCUUCGGCAUGCUGAGCUUCCGCCGCAGCGCCACCGCCGUCGCGUCCUUCGACCCGGCGCAGGACGACGAGCUCCUGGCGCUCGACGCCCUCCAGUCCCACGUCGCCGACCGCCUCAAAGCGCUCUCCGCGCACGCCACCCCGAGCGCCCCGCUCCUCUCCCUCCCGUUCCUCUCCAAGCUCCUCGACGCCGUCGUGUCCUCCGACGCCGCCUUCCGCGGCGUGCUCGCGCUGACCCCCGUCGCCGCCGCGCUCGCCAGGCCCCCCGCCGACCGCCUCGCCGCCGACCUCCUCGACCGCGCCGUCAAGACGCUCGACGUCCUCAACGCGGCGUCCCUCACGCUCGCCUCGCUCCGGGCCGCGCACCGCGCCGCGCUCGCCGCCGCGUCCUGCCUCCUCGCGCCGUCGCUUCACACCGCACACCUCGCCCGCGCGCGCAGGGCCAUCGCCAGGCUCUUCCCCGCCGACGACUCCGCCUCCGCCAAGGCCUGCGGCGGCUCCGGCGGGUCCGUGGUCUCGCCCUCCUCGCGCACCAUGCGCGCGCGCUCCUUCAGCGUCUCCAAGAACUGGUCCGCGGGGCGACACAUGAACGCGAUGGCGGCGCACCUCGCGCCGCCGCCGCAGUCGUCGCCCGCCGCGGCGGCCGCGGGGGUGGGGUGCGGGCUCGGACUGGCGCUCUACACCAUGAGCUCGGUCCUCGUCUUCGCCAUGUGGGCGCUGGUCGGCGCCGUGCCGUGCCAGGACCGGGCGUCCGCGGCCAGCAACCCCCCCGUCGCGCCGCCCAAGCAGGCGCAGUGGGCGGCGCCCAUGUCCGCGCUGCAGGAGCGGAUCGCGGAGGAGUGGAGGCGCAAGGAAAAGAAGGGGUCUUGCUCCGGCUCCGCGCCCACGGCGGGGCUCCUCGCGGAGAUGCAGGCCGUGGAGCGCGCCGCGCGCGAGCUCAACAGCGUGCUGGAGGAGAUCGCCGAGGAAGAGGAGGAGGAGGAGGACGAGGAGCGGCGGCGGCAGGGGAUCGUGGGCGAGGAGCGCGCGCGGGACGUGACGGAGCGCGCCGAGGAGCUGGCGGCGGCGUGCCGGGCGCUCGAGGACGGGCUCGCGCCGCUGGAGCGGCAGGUGCGCGCGGUGUUCCACCGCGUCGUCGCCUGCCGCGCGGAGGUCGUCCGCUGUAUGGACCUCAGCGCGCGCGCCGGCACCGCCAAUGCCGCCGCUGCGUCCGCGUCAGGCGUGCCGCCGCAGCACCAGUACUCCUUCUGA